AGGACCUAGGUGCGCGAGGCGUGUCUAGGGUCGUGUUGCUGCGGAGAGUUCGGGCUGGCCGGGAAAGAAGUGGACUCUCACUUCAGGUUGCUGCAGGGAAAUGCUGGGGGACUUUGGAGAUUCAGCUGGAUUAGGCAGACCCUUCGAAGUUCGAUCUCUCGCUCAAUAGAUAGCCAAGCAGUCUUGCCCGAUGAGUGAUGACACGACAUGCUGGAUCACGAACCGUUGCAAAGGUUCUUCUCGCUGCAAAGCAAUUUCGCUUUUGUUUCUCUCCGAAAUGACAUGAUGAAGGCGUGCGCAACAGCAGAUCGACAGGCGAGGCCGAUAAAGGAUUCGAACCAAACGAAAAGUAGCAUGGGUUCCGAGACGGAAGCUAGCCACAUGCAGGCCAGUGUCAUGCUGUGUCCUAUCUUUAGGCUUUCUCACACGAAGCUGCCACGCGCUUGGCCUUUCGGUGACAAAGUCUCUGGCCCGUUCGAACAUCAUCGUCGCUUCCCAACCCACUUGCAUGUACUCGUACCUUCCGCUCGCUCCGUACAUACGCCUUUGAUUUUUCCCUUGCUGUUGUUCACCCAUCUUUUGCUUUCUUUCACUCGUUUUCAUCGCCGUAACGUGUUUCGCAUCAGACCCUGUACAGAGGCACCCCUUAUCGCAGGCCACGCCAUCUCUUCGUAUAACCCAUUCGUAGAGCACACGACCGUUGGCAGACUCUUAAACGGCCCUUACGCUCCGCGAUAUUAGCAUCCUACAGCCGCCUGACACCAGGCAGUCACUUGGAUAGAAAUUUCUCGAUUGUCGAUCGACGCCUC